AUGGAGACAACAGCUGCACUUACUACAAAUACAUUUAAAAUAACAGGCAAUCUCAAGCCACUCGAUAAAGAUAUCGUCCAACUGCAGCAGGAUUAUGAAAUCAUGAAAAAGAAUCGAGAAUAAGCCAAGGCAGAUUUGCAAGCUAAGUUUGAUGAAGUUUAUGACAAAAUCACUUAAACAAAAUAGAUGUUUGUUAAAUUGGCUGUAGAAUUGAAUGGAAAGAUAUAGGCAUUUCAAAAAACAAACAAUACAAAUAUCUCAAACUUGGAGAAUAGGCACAAUGAAUAACAUGUAACAUUUAAGACACUCACAAAUGCCAAAUUGACUACUCUUGAUUCUGACAUAGUGAAAUUAGACUCAGCCAUAGAGUAAGAGAAAUUGGAUAGAAUAAGGACAGAGAAGGAAAAUAUUGAGAACAUCUAAAAAUCAAUUGAUUAAUUGUUUGGGAAUUUCGAAUUGGAGAAGCAAACAAGAGUGGCAAAUGAAAAAAAAAUAUUAAAUACAAUCAAAGACACUUCAUAAUCGAUUGAUCAAGCAAUCAAGAAUGAAGCUGUUGAGAAGGAAUAGAAACAUCAAGAGUUGAUUAAAAAUAUUAAUCAUUCAUUAUAAUCUGAGAAUCGAUAUUCAGAGGGAUUCAGAAACAACACUGUUAAAGAAUUCCAUUUAUAAAUUGAUAAUAUUGAGGAUGAGAUUAAUAAUAGAUUCGAUUAACAAGAUAAAGUUGUUGACGAUUUAAGAUCAGUCAUUAGAACCAUUCAAAAUACUCUUGGCAUCCUAGGUAAGGAUGUUUGA